AUGGGCGGCUCGGACGAAGAGAAGGAGAAGGAGAAAGAGCGCAAGAGGGAUAUAGUGGGAGACUUUCUGAAAAAGAAUUUGAAUAAAGGCGAAAUAGCAUUGAAGCAUGCAGUGGGUCUCGGCAGCCAGCCCAAUGUCGUCCCAGUCACUGAACCUGUUGUCGAUGGACCUCGUCGCCCUGUCGAGGUUGGGUGGCAUCCUGUCGGCGGAUUUGCCGGAAAGUGGUUUGCGGAAGAGACGGGACUGGGCAAGAUGAUCACGGAGAAGAUCAACAAGUAUCCUGAUCCGACGCAGCAUUGGGCUGUUCUCGUUGGUGACUAUGCUCAUCAACUAUGGAUGGAUGAGAACUUUGAUGUCAUUUACACGAAUGCAAAGAUUGAGCGAGAAGAGUGGCGGACGUUUCCGGUUGGAGAGACGCGCUUCAAUGAUGAUGCCUUAAGGCGAGCUGGCGAAUCAGUCAUCCACAGUAUCAGAGAGAGGCAGCCUACCUACAACCUCAUAACCAAUAAUUGCCAGACGUACGUCCUCCAGCUCCUCGACGCCAUUAAGGUUGGUGUGAAUAAAGAGUUCGGUACUACCCUGGCUGUUUAUGAGAGAGUUUUUGGGCCAGGCAAGAUCAAGGAUCUCUUCGAUGGCGAAGAGAAACCGGAAAAUCAGCAACAGCACCAGAUUGAGCAGGGAGGAGAACCUGGAGCAGAGGCGGGAACACAAGGGCCGAUGCACCCAGGCAGAUCGGAUACAGUCAAUCUGGCACAGGAUGUCAUGAACCAGAAUACCAAUCAACUAGACACCGAAAGGGAGAUGGAGAGGCACGAGGGCGAGAAAGAUGAGAAGGAGACGAAGAAGAAGGGCUUCUUCUCGCGCUUUAAGCGAAGUAAUAGUUAG